GCGCGCUAUCGUUGCAUGUCACGUCGGUUCUUCGCCCGGGUUUCCUGUUCCGAGUCUCUAACUCCACCGCCUUCAGCCAACUUAUUUGUCCGCCGCACACCCACCGCGCCCAACGCCUUGCAGCCGCAGAGCGGCCGCUCCGGAUCCAGGCUCUACGGAAGGCUUCAGUCGGUUCCCGCUCUGUGAGGGAUUGCUUAGCUCCCGCUGUCUCGAUAGCCUUACUUCCUGUCAGUAUCCCUGCCACACACUUUGCGGGCGGGGCAGAGAUAUUUUGGGAAGGUUAUUGGAGUGUCACUUGUGAAUAGAGAUGGCUACGUUCAGGCCCAUGAACGGCGGCUCACUGAAGACUGCCGCAGAAACCAACGGAGCUGCAGAUAUGGACCAUGUAACCCGGCAGCCUGUCAACGCAGAACCCAGACCAGCUGAAGGGUACCCAAAUCAGAGGGGUCGUGAAGAGUGGGAGGUGAAGGAGGGCCGGAGCAGCACGAACCGCGAGAGUCUUCCAUUUCCGGGGGCUGACACCUUUCACGAAGCCGAGAAUUCCCAUAAGCGCAAGCGGUCAAUCUCGUACUCCCCGAGCCGGGAACACCCCCUGUCGCCUCCUUCGAGGACGGAGAGGACGGAGAGGACGGAACGGCCAGAGCGGACGGACCAGGCGGAGACCUAUGGGCGUCUCCGUCCUCCAUCCGAACCACACGACAGGUUAAGCACGCCGCCCAGGGAUUCUCAUCGGGGACGGCAAGGAGACGAGGCUCGCGAUGGCCCCGAGCAAUGGCGUGCCCAGCACGCCAGGGAGGAGCGCACCUCGAGCAUUGAAUCGCCGUACUCGGCUAUUCCGGUGUCAGCGCAGUCGGAGGAGCCAGCGCUAGAAUUGCUACAGAGAGCCAUAAGCCACGAUGAAGGAGACCAGAGCCCAGACGGCGACGAUCGGGCCAUGUAUUCCGGCCAAUACACGCCUGAACCCCGCCGCGACGGCGUCGUCCAGUCGGACCCCAAGAAGCGCAAGCGCAAUUUCAGCAACCGGACCAAGACGGGAUGCUUGACGUGCAGGAAGCGCAAGAAGAAAUGCGAUGAGCGAAAACCGGAAUGUAUGAACUGUUACAAGGGCGGAUUUGUUUGCGCCGGCUAUCCCCCGCAGAGAGGUGCCUGGGCCAAUAAGCCCGAGAGCAAGGCGACGCAAGUCAACAUUGAGUCAAAGGAUCCGAACUACGUUCCCCCGGGAGCGUACGGAAUGCCUCAACAACCAGCCCCGUACAGCAGCAGCCAACAACCUCUGCCGGGCCAGCAACCGAAGCGGGACUCCCUGCCAUAUAACCGCGGCCAACCCACGCUUCGCAUCACGCCGCCUCAGGGUCGCCCCUUACAGUCGGACGACGACCGGUUAACAGCGUCGACAAUGCCGAGCUCAUCUGCGAUCAGCCCGGACAACAAGCUCUCGGCCCUCUCAGGGUACACAACGUCGGCGACGCUCAACGUCUUCCCCACCCCAGUCAGCGCCGCUACCAUGUCCGCCUUCUCGGACCGAACGCCCAAGGAGUAUCAGCGGGUGCCGCCAUUACACGAUAUCACGCGCACCGACCCGGACCACCAGCAACCGCCGCCACCGCCUCCUCCGCAGAGCACUAUUUCGACCCAACCCCCCUUCAGCAGUGCGCUACACGGCAACAGAACUUCCACUCCUCCGGCGCCGUCGUCGGCACUGUCCGCUCCAACCCCAACCGGGGGCGUCCAGGCCACCGCCCAGCUUGCGCUGUCCCACACGCAGUUCCCUUCCGACAGGCAGCCGCGCCGCCAGAAGGAGGAGAUGCUGAACGGCAGGCCCUACUACCCGUUCGACAAGGAACUAGUGCUCGAGCGGGAGCGCUGCAACGCGGCCUGCUGGCGAUUCAAUAACUCGACCAACCCCAACCUCGGUGUCUCGCCCGCCGAGCGCGCCCGUCUCUUCCGCGACAUCCUCCACCCGCGCGAGGGCAUCCAGCUGUCGUCCACCGUCGUGUCGCCUGUGACCCACGCCGGACGCGUCGGCGAGAACGCCACGGUCGAAGCGCCUUUCAACUGCGACUACGGCUACAACAUCCACAUUGGCAACAACGUCUCCAUCGGCCGCAACUGCCUCAUCAACGAUGUCUGCGAGGUGCGGAUCGGGAACAACGUCAUCAUCAGCCCGAAUGUCUGCAUCUACACGGGCACCUGCAGCACCGACCCCCGGUACCGCAACGGGAACCAGGGCACGCGGUACGGCAAGCCCGUCGUCAUCGAGGACGAUGUCUGGAUUGCGGCCAAUGUGGUCAUCCUCCCCGGGGUUCGCAUCGGGAAGGGCUCGACGGUGGGAGCCGGAUCGGUUGUUACAAAGGAUGUCGCCACUUGGAGCAUCUACAUGGGCGAGAAGGCCGGCCACCGCAGGGGCGUCAGCACCCUGCUUUCUUGAGCCCUUUGCUUUCUCCGCUCGAAUUACCAUAAUGUCUCUUUAUCCUAUCUUAUUUAGUAUUAUCAUUUGCCUCUAUUUUUUGUCUCU